AUGCUGAUUGAAAAUGGCAUCCUCGCCGACUUGUCCUCCGAGGGCGGCGAGUCGGCGGCCGUGAAUGGUGCAAAGGAUCGCCUCAAGUCUGCUCAAGAUGCCGUCAACUCGCAACGCAGAGAUCUCGAUUCCCACAACGAAGACUUGAACAAGGAGUACGGUCCCGACGGAGUCUUCCGUGCUCUCAAGGGUCAAUGUAUCUCUGUUGACUCUGGCGAAUACACCUACGAACUCUGCUUCAUGGAACACACCACUCAAAAGUCCAAGAAGGGCGGCAGCAGCACUCGCAUGGGCAACUUUGUCCGCUUCGACAAGAUCACCGUUGACGAAGAAGUAUCUGCUGAUGGCAAGGGCCUUGGCUCUGGCGAGCGCAUUGCCAUGAGACAUGAAAACGGACAGCACUGCUGGAACGGUCCCAACCGUAGCACCACUGUCGUCUUGGGCUGCGCCGAACAAAACGAGAUCUGGAAGGUCUUCGAGGAGGAAAAGUGUGUUUAUCGUAUGGAAGUUGGCACACCUGCUGUCUGUGAGGCUCUCAAGCAGGCAGAAGUCGUCAAGGAUGAGUUGUAG